CGGCGAAAAAAACAUUUGAGCUCACGUGUACAGCUUCUAAAACCCUCGCAUAAACCACACAAAAUCAAUAACUGCGAUUUUCCCCUUUUCAACUUUCCAGAUUCUCAUUCACGAAAAUCACCAGAUCGUUCUACAGAUGAGAAGGGUUAGCGCAAGCGGACUCGCCGCGAUUAGCCGCGCCGUUGGUGGCGUCGCCGUCGCGCCUUCAGCUGCCGGAAAUCACGCGCAGCACCACCACCGGCUCUUCCAGGCUGCUCUCUUCAGCACGAACAGCAACAGCAGCUGCGAAUCCAGAUCUCAUUGGUUUUCGAACAACAGGAUCGCCGCUGAUCAGGUUGCUCGCGCUGUCGCUGGGACGAUGUUUUUCUCGGUGGCCGCCACAACGCUCGUCGAAGAGGUCAACGCAAAGGAGCCGGUCCAGUCAAAAUUUCGGCCGAAGGACGUCGUUCUUUAUCAAUAUGAAGCUUGCCCUUUCUGUAACAAAGUCAAAGCGUUUCUGGACUACUAUGAUAUACCAUACAAAAUUGUGGAGGUCAACCCUAUGAACAAAAAGGAAAUCAAAUUUUCUGAAUACCAGAAAGUUCCGAUUUUGAUGGUUGAUGGCGAACAGAUGGUUGACUCAUCAGAUAUAAUAGACAAGUUGGACAAAAAGAUUCACCCCGAGGUGUCCAAAGAUUCUGUUGGGCAAGAUGGUGAAGAGAAGAAGUGGCGCGGUUGGGUGGACAAUCAUUUGGUGCAUAUUUUGUCACCUAAUAUUUAUCGAAGUCCCUCCGAAGCUCUCGAGUCAUUUGACUACAUCACUAGUCAUGGUAACUUCAGCUUCACCGAGAGAAUAACAGCAAAAUAUGCUGGAGCUGCUGCAAUGUAUUUUGUUUCAAAGAGACUGAAGAAAAAAUAUAACAUCACCGAUGCACGUGCUUCUUUGUACGAAGCUGCAGAGACAUGGGUAGAUGCUCUCAAGGGCCAAGAUUUUCUAGGCGGGGGCAAGCCUAACUUAGCUGACCUGGCGGUGUAUGGUGUUUUAAGACCUAUACGCUACCUCAGGUCCGGUAAAGACAUGGUGGAGCACACACGUAUAGGUGAUUGGUACUCUCGAAUGGAAAAUGCUGUGGGAGUUUCUUCUAAAAUCUAGGCAUAGCCCGUUUUUUGGUCUCGUUUUUUAGUGGAAUCUUUUGACGGUAAGGAAUCUUUUACUUCUUUUAUCCUGUGAUAAUAAUCCCCUCCCCCCUUGGUAGAUAAAUUGAUUACAGUGCACUUUGUCUUAUAAUUUGGGGGAAUUGUGUUCGUAUUCUUCAUGAAUAAAUUGUAAUCAUGCAUCCUUCUUUUUUUUUUUUUUUUUUAAAGAAAUAACUAUUUUUCAAUGCUGUAGAAAAUCCGAAAU